UAAGAAAGCUUUCCUGUUCACCUGUCAGUCUUAUCUAUGAUUACGCGAAUUUCUCAUUUACAUAACAACUGCGAGGAAUUCAUUGGAGCAGGGGAACGGAAAACGUUCAGAAUGAAGACGGGCAGUAAACUCAAACAUGCCGAAUUUUGAGCAAAGAAUGCCUUGGGUUGGGUUAGGGAAACUGAACGCAGGGAAUCGUGAAGAUAAACUAUGGGGAGCGCAGCGAGUUUGAACCAAUCUUACAGCGGUGCGAACGAGCAAAACGGGAAAUUACAACAGAGUGCUGCCACAAAGACCAAAUCAACAACUCAACUUAAACGAGAACUGAAAGAAAAAGAUGACUUCUUGCAGCGGAAAGACGCCGAGUUACAACAUCGGCAACGCAUAAUUGAAGAGAAGGAUGCCGAGUUGGCCAAGCUGCGGAAAGAAAUUCACGAAUUGAAAUGUGUCAUUCAGCAAACUAUAUCCAAGACAAGUAUUCUGUCUACUAUUCAGGAAGACAGCAUUACGGGUGGAAAUUCCAAACAGCGACAAGCAAUGAGAUUCAAUCGAAAGGAGAAGAGAAUGGCCGUGAGUGGAGAGAGCAGUUCAAAGGCGGAGGAGGAUACAAAGAAAGAACUAGAACGCCAUCCUAAGGACUUUCGGUCUAAGCAACUCAUCAAAGGUGCGAUCAAUGAAAAUGAUUUCUUGAAGAACCUAGAAUCGGCUCAAGUUCGUGAGAUAGUGGACUGUAUGUACCCCAAGAACUACAGCAAAAGUGAUAUGAUUGUCAAGGAGGGAGAUACUGGGCAGGCUUUGUUUGUUAUCGCAGAGGGCCGCCUUGAAGUAACCAAGGAUGGGGAAGUUUUAGGUGAAAUGAAUGGUGGAACUGUGUUCGGCGAGCUGGCCAUCUUGUACAACUGUAAACGAACUGCCUCUGUAAAAGCUUUAGGAAACGCCAAACUAUGGAUCAUCGACCGUCGUGUUUUUCAGACGAUUAUGAUGAGAACGGGAAUGAUGAGACAAGCUGAGCAUAUCGCGUUCCUUAAAAGCGUUCCUCUUUUGAAGAACUUGUCCAAUCAGGAAUUUGCCAAACUUGGUGAUGUUUUAGAAGAGGACUAUUACCAUGGAGAAGACUUCAUUAUCCGCGAGGGAGAAAGGGGAGACACAUUUUAUAUCAUUACUAAGGGCUCGGUGAUCGUCACCCAAAGGGUUGCUGGACAAGACGAGCCUCAGGAAGUCAGGCGACUUCAAAAGGGCGAUUACUUUGGCGAGAAAGCUCUCUUGAGUGAAGACCGCAGAACAGCCAAUGUCAUCGCUGAAUCACCCGGUGUGGAAUGUCUUGUUGUCGAAAGAACCGCAUUCAAGGCUGUGAUUGGUAACCUCGAUGAGCUCAGAAAAAAGGAUUAUGGCGACGAAGAAAGAGGGGCUAGGAGGGCCUUUCCUAACGAUAAACCCGAGGGAAGUUACUAUGAUGAGAAAAAGAUUGCCAAGGAAUUCGAAGAUCUAGCACUUGAUGAAUUGGAGGUUAUCGCUACUCUUGGAAUGGGAGGAUUUGGACGCGUGGAAUUGGUCCAAAAUGUCAAAAACCAGCAAACAUACGCUCUGAAGUGCCUGAAGAAAAAACACAUUUUGGAUACACGACAACAAGAACAUAUUUACUCUGAAAAGAAAAUCAUGCUCCAGGCAAAGUCUCCUUUCAUUUGCAAGUUCUACAGAACAUUCAAGGAUCGAAAAUACCUCUACAUGCUGCUGGAAGUUUGUCUGGGCGGGGAGCUGUGGACUAUAUUGAGGGACAGAGGGUUUUUCGAUGAUUCUACGGCUCGAUUUUUUGUUGCCUGUGUGGUUGAGGCGUUCGAGUACCUUCAUUCCAGAGGAAUUGUUUACAGAGACUUAAAGCCAGAAAAUUUGCUUUUGGACAAAGAUGGAUACGUGAAGCUGGUGGAUUUUGGUUUCGCCAAACGAAUUGGAUUUGGGAGGAAGACGUGGACGUUUUGUGGUACACCUGAGUAUGUAGCGCCAGAGAUAAUACUCAACAGGGGCCAUGACUUGUCAGCUGACUGUUGGUCUCUGGGAAUUCUAAUAUUUGAGUUUCUGACUGGAAGUCCACCAUUUUAUGGCCCUGAUCCUAUGAAGACAUACAACAUCAUUCUUCGAGGAAUGGAUGUCGUAGAGUUUCCCAAAAAGAUCGGACGCAAUCCUCAAAAUCUCAUCAGGAGACUUUGCAAAGAGAGUCCUUCAGAAAGACUGGGAUACCAAAAAGAUGGCCUCACAGACGUCAAGAAACACAAAUGGUUUCAAGGUUUUCACUGGCAAGGCCUGUUGGAGCGGACCCUUGAACCUCCAAUAAAACCCAAGGUGAAAAGCUCCACAGACUACACAAAUUUCGACCAUUAUGCAAAGGAUAUGGAUGUACCGCCAGACGACCUUUCAGGCUGGGAUGAGAACUUUUAACGCAUGCUCGAGGUGUAAUUGUAGAGGUAGUGAAAUAUCUAAAAGCUCUAAAACAGGUUAGGGGCUUUCUUUUUAACAAAAGAACACUGUAAAAAGAAUGUCGGAAAAUUGUAUGGAAAAUUAUUUAUGAAAGCCUGUACAUAGAUGGUUUUUCUUCACAGAAAACUUAUAAGUAAUAUUCUAGAAACCUAUUUAAGUUGAAACCAUCAAAAUUAUAUAUUUGCGCAUACGAA